AUGCCUAACUUGAAGAAGCUAUUAAUAUUUGCCCUCGUGAUGUUCCUGUCACAGCUCCGCAUCCAUGGUGUCUCUGUGUCCGUGGGCAGCAGUGCGAACGUUACUACAGAGAACAAACAUCUCCGCGGCAGGUGCCACAUCAGUGGCUUCCUCCAUGGCAAAUCCGGCGACUGCAACAGGGAUCACGGCUCGGUCUGCUAUAAAGACGGUCACCGCUACCCGCAAUUCAGGUGCUCGCCCCCGGUGUCGGCCGACACGCCGGCGAUCCUAAUUCUGAAUAGCUUCGCACGAGGUGGAGACAGCGGCGGCAAAUUGUUUUGCGACAACCGCUUCCACAAGGACACCGGGAUGGUGGUGGCGCUGUCCACGGGGUGGCUGCGCCUAGACGGCAAGCGCAGGUGCAACAAGAUGAUCCGCAUCAACGGGAACGAGCGUGCCGUGCUGGCCAAGGUCGUCGAUGAGUGUGACUCGGUGUACGGCUGUGACACCGAGCACAACUUCGAGCCACCGUGCCCAUACAACGAUGUAGACGCGUCACCGGCCGUGUGGAAGGCGUUGAGGCUCAAGGAGGAGAUUGGAGUGUUCAAGAUCACUUGGUCUGAUAUUUGCAAGCAACGUGAGUACCUCACAGACAUGGCUAACUUGAAGAAGCUAUUAGCUAUGUUUGCUCUUGUGAUGUUCCUGUCACAGCUCCGCGUCCAUGGUGUCUCCGUGUCUGUGGGCAGCAGCGCGAACGUUACUACAGAGACCAAACAUCUUCGCGGCAGGUGCCACAUCAGUGGCUUCCUGCAUGGCAAAUCCGACGACUGCAACAGGGAUCACGGCUCGGUCUGCUGUAAAGACGGUCACCGCUACCCGCAAUUCAGGUGCUCGCCCCCGGUGUCGGCCGACACGCCGGCGAUCCUAACUCUGAACAGCUUCGCACGAGGUGGAGACGGCGGCGGCAAAUCGUUCUGCGACAACCGCUUCCACAAGGACACCGAGCUGGUGGUGGCGCUGUCCACGGGGUGGCUGCGCCUGGACGGCAAGCGCAGGUGCAACAAGAUGAUCCGCAUCAACGGGAACGGGCGUGCCGUGCUGGCCAAGGUCGUCGAUGAGUGUGACUCGGUGUACGGCUGCGACGCCGAGCACAACUUCGAGCCACCGUGCCCAUACAACGACGUAGACGCGUCACCGGCCGUGUGGAAGGCGUUGAGGCUCAAGGAGGAGAUUGGAGUGUUCAAGAUCACUUGGUCUGAUGUGUGAGCUAUGCCAUUAAGGCCUUGCAUUAAGCUAUGUACACGCAGACAUGCGCAAACGUAGAUGUGUGCGUUGUUCUCUUGGUGGUGGAGUCGCUGCUAAUUAAAAUAAGCCACCACUCGCUUGUAUUUGAUAUUUUCACAACUUUAUGUAUUUGUCCUGUCUCGGUGCUAUAUUUACGAUUCACAUGUAUAUGAUAUUUUUCUUGAUUUAUGUAUUUACCUUGUUUCCGUGCUAUAUGUAUUAUUUAUGUGUAUUUAAUUUUUUUUGAGGUUUAUGUAUUUGCCCAGUUUGGGUACAAUAUGAAAUGAAAUUGGCAAAUACAUCAAUUUUUAGUUCAACAAGACCUUGCAUAUAUGACUGAGUACACACACACACAAACACACACAGACUACCAUAUGUGAUGUUAUGCUGGUCAUAGACAUAUAUUUCAAUAUUUAUAAAAAAAACAUUGAAUUAUUCGGGCGGUAAAACUCGAUGAUUUUUGAGUUGUUCCUAGAAUCGGUUCUUUCAGUGCCUCCUGGAAAGAAACACCAGUAUCAAGAACAGAGAGAACCCUAAACGAUGUGGAUGGAGAUGUUGAAAUUAAAAAGCGCUUUGACUACCACGAAACAACAAAUUGCCAGUGAAUAUACAAAGGGAAACUCUAGUGCGUUACAUCUGUAAUAAUUUAAUCCGGUGGUGUAUUACUUUGAUGUUGCCGAGCUACACCUUAAUCUUGGUGUAUUCCAUCCCAUAUAUAAUAUAAGAAAUUUGGAAACGUAUGUCACUCAUACGGAUAUAUAAACUAGUUAGUUAGUUGCACUACU